AUGAGAGUUCAAUAUGGAAUUGGAACUUCAAAACCUUUGAACCCUAAACCUCAUUACUUCAUCAUCUCAGAUUCUGAGACUGAUGAUUCCUCUGAUUCUUGCCCUCCAUCAGCAACAACGCCACAAAAUAAUCCAACAUCAACAUCUGAAAAGGCACCAACCCACAUUAAAUCUACCACACCUUCCAAAUCUGCUUUCUCCUCUGAACCCUCACAAUCAACUCCCCCACACCAAAAAUGGAGAUUGAACAAUGAAAUUGUCUCUCCUCUUACUAAACAAAAUGAACCCUCCUCUCAAUCCAAACCACAAACAAAACCCAUGAAAACAAAAUCUGCCAUGACAAUUGCGCAGUUCCUUGCUCGAAAGAAACUUCCAAACCCUCAUAAGAGAAAAACCCUCGCUCCUAAACAAAACCUCAAACAUUGUCAACCCGCAUCUCCAGAACGUUCUCCAAUUCUGGAAUGUUCUCCUAUUCAAACUCCUUUUUUUCCUCCUUCACAAGAACAUUCUCCAAAUCAAGAACGUUCCCCUGCUCACUCAGUCCCUCCUCUAGAACCCUUUCCCCACACACAACCUUCCUCAUCAACACACGCCAAUCAAUUUCCCACUCCAGAACGUUCCUCUACUUCCACCUUGUUUGAAUCUGAACCAUCCCCACCACCUAAAAAAUCAAAACAAAAUACUCCACCUCUGAUUCCUUCCAGCAAAACCAAACUCUUCAAAAGCAAAUGGGCUCAACGCCCAAUGCUCUUGGAUAGACCUCGUUCCUACAAACAUCUGAAAGCUACUAUCCAGUUGCCCACAGAAGGCCCACAUGUGUUUGGUGACAACUGGUACUCAACCUUGAAUCUUCGCAAAACUGAAGUCCUCUCUGACUUGUUUGAAGAAGAUUCCACUCACUACUUGUCAACAUAUCUCAAGCCCCUUCCUAAAGUGUUUAAUAACAUGUGCCAACAUACUCUAAUUCCUCACUGUGGAAGUCAUGAGUAUGUCUCUGACAAUGACACACUGCUCAUCCAUCAUCUCCUCAACUCAGGAAGAAGACCUACUACACACCUUAUUCCAUUCUCAUCAAAUCCUUUUAACCCUGAGGAAAAUCCAGCAAACAACACAACCCCAAAACCUUCUUCACCAAAUCCAGAACGUUCUACACCCCCUCCAGAAUGUUCUCCAGAAAAAAUCCCAACUCCCUCAAACCUCUUUCCUCAAACAUCCACCUUUUUAUCCUCAACUCUUCCAUCCUUUUCUCAAACAAUUCACUCCCCUUCUCACGACUUUGGUAAUUUCCUAUCCAAUCCACAUUUUUCUACCAUGUCUCCACUAUUUGUAUCCCCUCAAAAAACCAGCUCUUCCAUUUUUGGCAUCAGUCAGUUUUUAAACUUUUCAGCAACUGUUGGUCCAUCUAACACAUCCAUUGAUCCCUUACCCUCCAUCUCCUCUUCCUUUGCCACUUUUCCAUCUGUCUCUACAAAUCCUAUUCCUUCCAACAUUGUUGUUGCUACCACUUCUCAACCCUCUACUCACCUUCACUCUUCUCCUCGCUUAGUUGAACCCUCAAAUACAUACAUCAUGGCUGCUCUUCAUAUCAUAAUGGCACAUCAGGUUCAGCACGAUCAAGAAAUUGCUCUGUUGAGAACUUGGUUGACAGAACAACUUGCUCCCAAGCUAGAAAUUGCACCUCCACCUCCUCAUCUGGUUCCUCCUCCCUCCCAAGUUCCUCAUCCAAGAAAAUCCUCCUCUUCAGAAGGAUCUUCUCCCUCCUUAGCUUCUUAG